AUGUCUUCCGCAUCCUCCUUUACGGUGACAAUCACCAGCGCUGCCGAUGAGCAGGAAUCAACAUACCUCUCUCGCGCCCGUAUGCUGCAUCGCACUCGCAUCGGUAUUGCGCUAUUACUCCUGGGUGCUUCGGCCGGUGUCGUAGGUGCCGAAAGCGCACCUUUGCACUACUAUAACGAGACCAAGGGGUACUCGAGUCUGUUCCUUCCGCUCUGGCCUCUGAAUCUGGACGUUCGUCAGACAAAUGCUCUAUUGGCCUGUGGUGCGGUUAUUCUAUUUCAGGCGAUUGUCUAUAUUGGUGUUGCUGCGUUUCCUUCGCCCCAUCCUCGCGUCCGGCUCUUCAACAUGCUCUCUUCCGCCGUCGGCGCAACAGGCCUCCUCACGGCCAUCGUCGGGGUCGCAUUCUCCAUUUACCUGCCCUCCGCCAGCUACCCAGAUGGCUUCACUGUCAGCGAAACCAUCCACAGCUGGACCUGCAAAUGGCGAUCCGUCGGCAGCCUCAGCAGCAGCGCUGAUGACGACGCGAGUCCUCCUGCCAACUUUUCACGUAUCUGUGCCGAGUCUCGCGCUGGGUUUGUGUUGUUGGGUCUCUUGAUUGGGCUUGAGGUUGUGAUGUGUACUGCUGCGGCGGCGGGAUAUAUGCUUGAGAUGACUGUUACAAGGCAGAGGAAGCGUUCAAAUGGGAAUGUGGAGACUGGUGAGUUUGUUAUGGAGACGAAGCAGUAA